UGCACAAGAACCAAAAACAUUCAGUAUUGUGUUUAAGUAAGUUUGUUAUCAUUUAAGCUACAAUUUAUAAAUAUCAUUUACUUUCUAUAUACAGUAUGUGUACAAAAUAUCAUUUCAGUCGUCAUAGUAACAAUAAUAUAAACAGAGAUGAAGUUAUCGAGGAUUUAGCAGAAAUAAUAAGCAAAAAGAAUCCUGGAAAUAAAGCAGAUUUAAAAGCUCCGGAACUUGCUGUAAUUGUUGAAGUAAUACGCGGUGUUUGUCUUAUGUCUGUUGCUCCACAUUAUUAUAAAUUUAAAAAAUACAAUUUGUUAGAAAUAUGUAAUAUAAAAGAACCUGCAAAUAGUACAAAGGACAAUAAUUCUGAUGUUAACAAAGCAUCAGAAACGGAUGAAAAAAGAAUAAAAGAAAAUACCAACUCAAUGCAAAGUACAAUUGAUAACAACAAAGAAUCCAAUGACUGAUGAAGAUCAUUGUUAUUGACUACUAUAAUUGUAGUAGUCAAUUAUGUAUAUAUACAUAUAUACAUACAUACAUACACACACAACACAUUUAAUACUUCAAAUUACAUGCAGCAUCUACCUUUUUUAUUAUUUAUAUAUUCUUCGUAAAUUCGACAAACUGUAUGUAAUUACGAAACAAAGCAUAAGGUGUAUCUGCUGUACUAAUAAAUAUUUUGAGUAGUUA